AUGUCUCGUUGGAAGAAAAACACAUCUCAGCUCUCAAAUGAUCAGGAUCAUCCCCAAGCACCACGCAACGACGAUCUCCCCACUGAUCAGGAGGUCUCCGACACAUUUCAUCAGAGUGUAGAGCCUGAACAACUAACACCACUCCACCAAGAACCCCCCACUGAUCAGGAUGAUGCAAUGGACACAGAUGAUCCUCCUCAAAUCCACUCACCUAUCAUAAGUCAGUACGCAGCACAUAUCCACCGCCAAACACCGCUCAUGUCGACCAUCCACACAACCACAGUCCACGACUCUGCUGUACACAACAACACUUCCGUCAACACAUCACCUGUCCACGACUCUGGCGACCACAACAAUACCUCCGUCCACGCAUCUCCUGUCCACGACAAUACCGACCACAACAACAAUACCGACCACGAUUCACCUGACCACGAAACCGACGAACAUGAUCGCAUUGCUGACAACAUUCCCCCUAGCUCUCAUUCCUCCCCGGUUCAUAUAGCAACCAUUUUUCUUCCAUCACAAAACACUGACAUGAUAAGUCCUGCUGCUGACGAACAAUACCACCCCAACUCUGUUAUCUACGAUAAAAGUGAUCAUCCCAACAGCCCCGAAAUUAAUCACAUACUCCUUCAUGGAAAAAGGAUUUACGACCCAAUCAGCCCCGACCCUACUUUUUCCAACCCACCUGUCUUCGACUCCACGAUUGGUCCAUCAUCCCCUCAAGGCUCUCAUUUACGUUUGUCACCACUCCCUUUUACACCACUUACCUCUCCAACUAAGAGUACUGAUAGUGGUUUAGGUUUCGCGGGCCACGCAGCCACACCCAAUGCUUUUACAACCACAGCUUUAUCCAACACUCCACCUUCCAUAGGAAGUACUGCUUCUGCUACUCAGGAUGGCCUUGUCGACCUCACACUAACAAAAGACCCCUCCAGACAUGUUCCAUCUAGGGAGGAAAACCAUCUUGCAAAGGAACUGCUCAGUUCUCCACUUAUUCCUGCUCUAGCCCUCAUCACCCCACUUCCACAGAUCCAGUGGGACCUUUUCCACAAAAUUCUUUCAGCCAACAUAGACGUUUACCACGUUACAACAUCUUUGUAUGAAUUCUCCAACAAAUCCCUCCUCCAAUUAGCCGAACCAAAGCACUGGACAACAAGCUAUGUAAGCCUCCGUUUUCUUUCUUCUGUUACUUAUUAUCUGAGCUACACUUCUGUUGUUUUAAACUAA